AUCAUUCACUGAUUUACACAUACUUCAACUAAAGUUUCUGAAUACACUCCCUUUUAAAUAGACAUAAAGAAGACACCAAUAGAUGAAAAAAAAAGAAGAGAAAACCUAUAGAGAGAAAUUAAGAGUGUGAGACAUGUAUAGGUUCAGCAACACAGUGAUAGGGUUCUUAAACUUGUUAACACUAUUAGCAUCCAUACCAAUAAUUGGAGCAGGAUUAUGGAUGGCAAGAAGUAGCACAACUUGUGCAAAUUUUCUUCAAACACCACUUCUUGUAAUAGGUUUUAUUGUACUUGUGAUAUCAUUAGCUGGUUUCAUUGGUGCUUGUUUUCAUGUGGCAUGUGCACUAUGGUUAUACUUGGUGAUUAUGUUGAUCAUAAUAAUAGCACUAUUUGGUUUGACUAUAUUUGGUUUUGGUGUGACUAGUAAAGGUGGGGGUGUAGAAGUGCCUGGUAGAUCUUAUAGUGAAUAUCAUCUUAUGAAUUAUUCACCUUGGUUGAAGAAAAGAAUAGAAAAUCCUAAGUAUUGGAAUACUUUAAAGAAUUGCAUUUUGGGGUCUAAAACUUGUGACAAACUUGCAUCUUGGACACCUUUGGAUUAUAUGCAGAAUGAUAUGUCUCCAAUACAGUCAGGAUGUUGUAAGCCACCAACUGCUUGCAAUUACAACAUGGAUUCAGUGAUGCUAACACAAGAUUCAGAUUGUUACAAAUGGAACAAUGCACCAACAUUGCUAUGUUAUGAGUGUGAUUCAUGCAAAGCUGGUGUACUUGAAGACAUAAGGAGAAAUUGGCAUAAGCUAUCAGUUCUCAUUGUUUGCAUGCUUGUUCUUCUUAUAGGAAUUUAUUCAAUUGGGUGUUGUGCUUUUAGAAAUGCAAGAAGAGCUGAAACUGAUUAUCCAUAUGGUGAAAACCGGAUGACCAAAGUUCGACCCAGAUGGGAUUACCAUUGGUGGAGAUGGUUGCAUGACAGAAAAGAACAACUUUAUUAGCUCAUAAGCUCUCUACCAUUCAUGCUUGUGUUGGUGGCUGCUCCAUGGAUUGUGACAAUUCACUAAUUUCACAGUGUAUGGUAUUGGACAUAGGAGGGUCUUAAGGCCAUUGUUUCUACUUUCUAGUAACAACUUCCUAGUUGGCUUCUUUUUUGUACAAAACUUAAUUUUACUUUAUCUCAAAUAUCAUAUCAACAAUUGCUUUAUUUUGCCUUUUCUCA